AGCUAUAGCCCAAUUCAUCUCUUCAUCCAGACAAGACAAUUAAAAGAGCUUCAAGGAGAGAGAGAGAGACAGAGACUCAGAAACAGUGAGAAAUUUGAUCACAAGCAGAAAGAGAAAGAUGGCCUGCUGGUCUGCUGAAAAUGCCACUCAAGCUUACCUCAGAACUUUGAAAAUGGGAAAGAUGGCCAAAGAGCCAGAUUCUGCAGAGUUCAUUUCUGCUCUGGCAGCAGGAAACAAUGCCCAACUAAUGGUAGUGGCCUGUGCCAGCUUCUCCAGCUCCACCACCCUCCUAGCCCUGGUGGCUGCAGCCCACCAGACCGGCGGCAGAGUCGUGUGCAUCCUCCGCGGCCGAGAAGAGCUACUCCCGUCCAGAGAAGCUCUGGGCCCUGAUGCCACUCAUGUCAAGUUUGUCAUCGGCGAAACCCGAACCUUACUGCUACACCAUUUUUCAGAAGCAGACUUUGUGCUAAUGGACUGUAAUCUGGACAACCACGAAGCGAUUCUUAAGGCGAUGCAGGCGAACGGGAAGCGCAACGGAGCGGUUGUUUUGGGAUAUAACGCAUUUUGCAAGGGAGAUUGGCAGUGGAGCGGAUCGAAAACUCACUUGUUGCCCAUCGGAGAAGGGCUCUUGGUGACUAGAAUUGCUGCUGCAACUUCUGAAAAUGUUAGACCUGAUGGUGUAAAAAAUGGUGGGUUUGGAAGGAAGAAGAGCCAUUGGAUUGUGAAGGUGGAUAAAUGGACAGGAGAGGAACAUGUGUUUAGAGUGAGAUCUCCAGAAAGAAGAGAGAUUGAAGCAUAGCAAAUGUAUGCAUAUCAGUAAUCAGAUCUUCUGCCAAUUUCAAUUUUAUUGGCAGCUAGAUUCGGUCUGAGGUUUUAGUUUGAGUUGUUCCUUGAAAGCUUAAAUUGAUCGAGCAUUGUAAAUAGUGGGGAGUUGAGUAA